ACGUCCAAGUCGGCAUUACCACACACCUUGACGAGGGUAAGGUCUUCCUGCGUCAACAUGGAUUCACCAUGAAGACGUUCAAGGCCUAUUGGACGAUGAAGCACGCAACAAGCCGUGGUCCGCAGAGUAGAUCUUAUUCUACUCCCUUGCUUGCAGGAACCUACAUGCUUCAAAACAUCGACAAAUCCGCACUGGCUUACUCUGCGGUGUUUGACCUCCUCAAGUCGACACACAUGUCAAGCAACGAAUACAGUUGGCUAGCCAGUAUCUUCUAUUUUGCCUACCUUGUCGCCGAAUACCCUUGGACUGUCUUAGCGCAGAAGACCAACCUCGCCAAGGUCGUCUCCUGCAACAUUGUCGCCUGGGGCGCUAUGCUCAUGAUUACUGCCGCCUGUUCCGCCUUUACCGGCAUGGCUAUCUGCCGCUUUCUUCUUGGUGUUUUCGAAGCUCCAAUAACGCCUUGCUUUAUGAUGAUCAUUGGCAUGUGGUAUACACGCUCCCAACAACCGUUUCGCGCUGGUGUCUUCUACAGUUGUAACGGAGUUGGUGCUAUGGUCGGUGGAGUCCUCACGUUUGGUAUUGGUCAAAUCGAAACGAUUGCCGUUUGGAGAGCUAUAUACCUCAUUCUUGGAGGCAUCACUGUUUGCUGGGGUAUCGUUAUGCUCUUCUUUCUCCCCGGUGACGUCCUCUCUGCAAAGCGCUUUAGUCUAGAAGACAAGGCUCUGCUCAUCGGUCGUGGACGUCUUGGCCGCACUGAUAUUAUCAACCACCAAUCAAGUGGAACCAGAUCCGUCUGGAUAUUGUUCUUUUUCACUCUAUUUAAUGAGGUCGUCAACGGUGGAAUUGCCAACUUCAGCAAGCUGAUCAUCAAGGGCCUAACCCACGACUCACUUACUACUGUCGCUCAGGGUAUUCCUUUUGGUGCUUUCCAAGUGGUCUGGGUCCUCUCAGGAACAUACUUUGCAUCUCGCUUUGCCAAUUACCGUACAAUCGUCAUGUUCGCGUACCUCAUCCCGACAAUCGUUGGUAUCGCUCUGAUGUGGAAGCUGGAUCAUGCCACACACAAGGUCGGCGUGCUAUUCAGUUAUUACAUCGUUGGUGCCUACGUCUGCUCCCUAGUCCUGGCGCUGCAGAUGCCCGCCACAAAUUUGGGUGGGUAUAUGAAGCGCUCCACCGGUGUUGCUUUCGUAUUCUGGCCUAUUGUGCUGACCGGAUGCAAAGUCCUCCUCGCAUGUUCUUCUGCACAGGCUGCUUUGACUGUCUGUCUACGGUGGCUGUUGAUCCUCAGAAACAAACAUAGGGAUGCCGCUGCAGCAGCUGCGAAUGAGUCUGGGGCUCCCUUUGAAGUGGAUGAGUCGGCUGAUUUGACGGAUUUCGAGAACCCAAACUUCCGAUACGUGCUAUGAGUGAUAGUCGCUAUUUAUAAGUUUAUAUGUACUACAGGUUUUGCUGCCAAAG